AUGUCUAUGUUUUUAUCGAGUGUAAAAAAUUUUGUUCAAUCCCCCACUGAAUUGAAAGUUAAACAAGCUACAGAUGAAGAUGAAAAUAUCGGAGCAACCGCUACCCUUAUGAAUGAAAUAUCUGUAUUGACAUAUAGUCCUAAGACACUAAAGGAGAUAAUUCCAAUCAUUAAAAAAAAAUUAUUAUUAGGUUAUAAUAAGAGAAAUAUUAAUCAUAAGAAUUGUAUAAUGUUAUUGAAGACAUUAACAUUAGUUUCUUAUUUAAUGAAUAAUGGUUCUAAUGACUUUGUUAGUUGGGUUAAAUCAAAUAUUGAUGUUUUUUCUCAUUUAAAUAAACUAUCUCAAAAUGUUGCCGAUAAAAAAAAUGAUAUUGGAUUAAUGACCCAAAUUAUCGCAACAUCUAAGGAUAUUACUCUUUUAAUCAAUGAUGAUGAUUUAUUAGAAAAACGUAGACGUGAUGUUGUUCAAUUUCGUUCAAGUAUAUCCUCACCAGGUAGAAAAUCGACAGAUAAUAGUCAUUUAAGAAGUAUAGAAUUAACAAGAAUCGGAUCAGAUAAAUAUAGUAAUAAUGGUCAAAAUAAAGUUAACAAUCUCUCAUCAUCAAAUAAUAAUAAUAAUAAUAGUAGUAGUAGUAAUGGUUCACCACUAAUAUUACAAAGCGGUCCAUUACAAAGAACUUCACAUAGUUUAGAUUUAAGGAUAAAUAAUAACCCUAUUAGAAAUACAGGAGAAUAUUCAAGAACAUCGUUAAGACCUGUACGAGAAGAAGAUACCGGUGAUUCUUCAGCAUUACGUGAUUUACGUGGGUUAACAUUUUCAAAUGAUCAUGAUGGCGGAGUAGAUAUUGAUGAAUUGAAUCGAACGAGACAAGAAGCGGUUACAAGUAGUGGAACUAGUUUCCGUUCACGGUUUAAAAAUAAUAUACCAUUUGUGUAA